AUGUCAUUAGAUGCCAGUGCUUGGAUUAACAGAGAACCACUCAAGGUAACAAGUGAUUCAAAGCAAUUAUUUACAACUGAAAAUCAUCAACAAGGAAGAGGUGUCCUUAAAAUCCCUGUGAAACAGUUCAUUGUAUCCUCUGAAAGUAUUAACAGAUUCACCCAAACUGAUCAACCAAGCAUUUAUCGGACAAACUGUGUUGAUGAAGAAAAGGAUGCUAUGUUUGAAUCUAAUAUGCAGUCUACUCAGCAACAACCACAACCUCAACAGCAACAGCAUCAUGUUACUCAGCUUUAUUCAUUAGAAAAGAAAGAUGAUAAGCAGUCUACUAUCCCCGAGUUUCCAUUCUGUUACAACGUUAAUAUGCUGCAGAAAGUGCAUCAGCAAACUUCUAAUAAUGGUAGUGUUAGUGUUGGAAAUAAUUCUGGAGAGGAAAAAGGUUAUCGUUUUGAUGUUACACAACCAUUUUCAUAUAAUUAUGCUUUAGUCAAUCAAAUGUCACUUGCAGCAGCUGCUUCAACUGCGACUUUUAAAUGUGAUGUGUGUGGUUUAUCUUUUGGUCAUUUAUCACUGCUUAAUCAUCAUAAACAACGCGUACACACUAAUUCAGUUGAACGUGUUCAAACAAAUUCUAGUGAACGUGCUUGUGAUAGCUGUGAACCUACAUACAAUCAGCCAUCAGAUUUAAAAACACAUAAACAGACUUCUAAUAACAACCAUAAUAAAUCAAAGUGUUGUACUAGCUGUGGUGUUGAAGUUGAUUGUGGUCACGAUGGUAAAAAGAAAUCUAAAUUUUUGAAAUGUGAAAAUUGUGCUGAGAAUUCAGAAAGGGAUUCAGGUUUUGAAGGAACCCAAGAAGCCUCUACUGAAACGGAUGAACAUCCAAAAGGAGCACAUCCAGUCAAAAGGAGAGGUAUGGCAAAAAUGGCAACUUGUCAUAAAUGUAAUGGAUCUGGCAUAAUAUUUGUCGGUGGUAUUCAGAAUCCUGUUGAUAAGCCUUAUCACUGUAAUAUAUGUGAUGGUACAUUUUCACGAUAUUCAUCAUUAUGGAGUCAUAAAAGGCUCCAUUCUGGAGACAAGCCUUUUAAGUGUGAGUUUUGUGGACUUACGUUUGCUCGAGCUGCUUAUCUAAAAAAUCACACUCGUGUGCAUAGUGGUGAACGACCGUUUAAGUGUGAGGUUUGUGGAAUGCAAUUUUCUCAAGCACCUCAUCUUAAAAACCAUGAGAGAAUUCAUUCUGGAGAACGUCCUUAUGAAUGUGAAGUAUGUAAUAAAACAUUCGCUCGCCACUCAACAUUAUGGAACCAUAGGAGAAUUCAUACUGGAGAAAAACCUUAUCGCUGCAAUAUAUGUGGAUCAGCCUUCAAUCAAGCUACUCACUUAAAAAAUCAUGCCAAAGUACAUACAGGAGAGAAACCCCAUCGAUGUGACAUCUGUGAUGUUGGUUUUUCAGAUAGAUUUGCCUUAAAGAGACAUAGAGGGAUACAUGAAAAGUAUGGUCAAACCCCUGCAAACAGGCAGGGUCAACCUAAUAUGAGUGAAAUGUACAAGUGUAGUGUAGAUAGCGAACCUUUAAAGCAAAAUCAAGCUCAGACUCAAACCUCUCAACCACGAAUUGAAGAACUAUAUAAAUGUGAUGUUACAGGAGGUAUUGCUUUUCCAGGUUGCUCGAGACCUCAGGAAACCAAGUAA